AUGGGCGACGGCUUGGACCAGAUAGAUGACAUGGGCGAAAUUUGCGAAAUAAUGAAGUCCUUACAAAUUCCGACAAAAGGAUUAAAGAGUUGUGAGGAAAUGAAAGCUAAACUACGAGACUUUCUAAAGGAGUCUGCCACGAAAAGGGUUAGCGAGGUUAGUAUCCUAUUUUUUUCUAUCGCAAUUGCAUAAUUAUGUGGUAAGCAAAUUGUACGAUUCUCAGCAAACUGUGAUGGAAAUUUAGUCCCUUCAAAAUUAUUGCUAACAGAGGCCGAAAAUUGGUUUUUCUUGGUCGAAGUUGUUAGUCAAGCGGCAAUCAUCUUCACGUCCUCGGUCUUUCGUCUUCCCUGUGAAACGUUAAUUUAGUCACCAAUGUCAGAAGAUAACAUUUUCCGACACCAAGAAAGUCUAGUUCUGACAAACGGUCUCCUCUUCUCAGAAUGUGUAACCUGCAAACUAUCUAUGGAACACAAUCCGCAGAUAAAUGCAGGCUGUCUUGCUUCGAGUUUUCACUGAAAAGUUUGAAUAAUACGUGGCGAGAUUUAGCCUGAAUUUCCGAGCAGUAGAUUACUCCGACUCGUUUUUACUCCCUUAGUAAACGAAUCGAAGUAAUCGUUUGAAGUUCAGGCUAGCCAAUAAAAAAGACAAAAAAAUACAUUUGCAGUGAUUUAAUGAUUAUGAUUUUCUUUGUUUCUAGCCUUACCAAGUAAUCUCUAACGCUAGUAAGUCAGAUGAAAGAAAACGCAAGAAACUCCAAGACAUUUACAAAAACACUUCAGACUUUUUGGAUAAGCUUGACCCUGGGCUGAAAAUCUCCCUCCAGGAAAGCUUUGGAGACCUCGAAACAACCAUAAGGGAAAGUAUAACAAAGUUACAACCAAGGAACGAAUAUACUGUCCUUGUCGCCGGUAAGAUCCUGAUAAAUUGCGUUAUUCAAAAUUUACCAUGAAAGCACUACAGACUACUCUUUGUCUGGUUUGCGUGCGAUGUGCAAUAAGUAUGUAUAAUCAAAUGAUGAAGAGUGAAAUUUUGUUAGGGAUUUCGAAUUAUUUCCGAGCUGUACGAAUUAUGGUGCAAUCUUCGUUUUAAUUCAGGUCCUCUCCCUUCCUCUCUUGAGAAAGAACCUGUGCCCCAGUUGUUCGAAGCCGAUUAGCACUAACCUGCAGGGGUUUAAUUUUACCGGAAAAUUUGUGAAUUUGUUCAAACUAACGAUUCACGGAGAUAUUAACUAAUAAAGCAAGUCACAAAGCAGAUUUUACUCAAAACAGUAAUGUAUGGUCCUUUCAGUCAAAGGCUUUUUAAAGGUUAAGCAAGUUAGCAAUAACUGUUGAUGCAUGAUUGUUCUUUCGAUACCGUUUUUUGAGAGGGUCGCUGUACAUCUGGUCCUAAGCGUUCCCACCCAAACCCCCCCCCCCCCCCCCCCCCCCCCCCCCCCCUAACACCUUCAGGGUUUAACUUUUAAUUUCCGCGAGGUUUUGUGAGAUACGAAUAUCUGCAGUCGAGCUUUCGUUAAACGACCAUCUAACGUGCGAAUAUUUAGUGGUCGCUUACGAGCCCUUUCGGUAAAAAACCACGGGGGAUAUCUUCCGAAAAGAGGUCCAAACACAACUCAGCAGAAAAUUCACUGCAAGCAAUUUAGUACGUUUUACUAAUUAUUCCUGUAGUUAAAGGUUGAAAAUGAAAGCUCUUCGUACAUCUGUAAGUAUUGUAGGGCAAUACCGUAUCAUGAGAGGUAAUCACAUUUGGGGGUAUGAACUGCAUUAAAAGUAUCCAAAGGAAGAUGGUCUUAGGCCCGGUUCAGACGCCGAACUUUUCAUGAGUCGAACCUAAUUCGAAUUAAGGCCGACCCAAAUUAUUUAGACCGGCUGAAUUGAUUCAGACGCCGAUCUUAGUUCCAACCGAACUAAAUUCAGAAGGAAAAAAAUUGUCAUUUCGCUCAAACUGCUUACAAAAUACGUUAUAAGAAUUUAUGCAUUAGGUUCGAUACAUGAAAAGUUCCGCGUCUGAAUCAAAGGCGUUCCAAAGUUAAUCCAAAGGCGAAAUUCCCGGCCGGGCUAGGCGGAAAGAACGGCUGAUCGAGCCGUUCUAAAUUGAAACAGACGUUCCUAACUGAUUCAGACGCCGAACUUUUCACGUACUUAAUUCAAUGUAUUAGGUUCGGGUCAUGAAAAGUACGGCGUCUGAACCGGGCCUUAUAGUCCCCCUUAAGGAAUGUUGUUAAAGAACCACAGCAAAGAGGAAGCCAUUCAGAGGCAGCAUUUUGGGGUUUUCCUGUAGGGGACUAGCCUGUGUUCUUCCACCCGGCUCCUUACCCAGUAACGUUUGCUUUCUUAAAAGAGGAAAUUAAGGUCAUGAUCACUGAUUCCUCGCUCUAUUUUUCUCCCCAAUUCACUAACUGAACGCCUGCAGGAACAGGUCUAUACCUUAACACCUUUUUUUCAGCAUCAUACUCUACAUCAUCCAAUGACUGGUAUAUAUCCGAUGAAAUGUUUGGGGAGGGACCAUUACUUUCUUUACUUGCACAAUUUAUGUCAGUGUUUACAGCCAAUGCAAACAACCUAUUUCAAAAGUUUUCAACCCCCCCCCCCUCCUCCUUGGUUAAAAAAAAGGUCUUUCCCUUAAUAGGAAAUACAACGGUUUUUUUACGUGCUCCUGAUAAAAUAAUAAAAAAUAUCUUUGUUUUGGAUUGUUUUGAUGAACAGGCGAAACGAGUGCUGACAAAAGUAGCGUUAUAAAUUUGAUCCUCGGAGAAGAAGUUCUUCCUUUCGCAGUCCUGAGUACAACUUCUACCAUCUGCGAGCUGAAAUAUGGGGAGAAAAAAAUGAUCAACGUGCAUUUCAAGGAUGACGGAACACAAAAACGUGACCCAGAAAAGUAUGAACUGAACGAAAGUCCUGAUGAAAACUACACAGCUCAGAUCAGUAGAUUUGUUAGCUCGAAAACUGAUCGAGACAACACACCGUACAAGAAGAUAGAGUUGUUUUGGCCACACCCUUUGCUUAAGGUAAUGAAAAAGUUAUGUUUUUAUAGAAAUUUGCACCAGAAAUUAUUUGACCUUGACAGAUGUACCAAACCCAGACGGGAAUAUAGCUUCAAGAGAAUGUUUGAACAAUCUAUACUUAAGUUGCAAUUAGCAGUCAUUUCAAUGAAUUGUUUCUCUCUCUAUGAAUAUUCGGUGAGGUCUUAAAUUGAACCAACGACGAAACCAACCUCGGGGCCAGUUGCCAAGUCCAAGUCUGCUAACAGGUUCAUUGAUGUUGGUCUGGUAUCUCGUAGCGAACGGCAACGGGUUCGUUGAAUGAAAUGAAUCUGACUCGUCCCCAAUCGCUGGCGAUCACUUCUUGUGGGGUAUUUGAGUUAAUUACUAAGGGAAGCGAGGUGAAAGGAGUUACUCCCUCUCUCGCUCUGCGCCAGUUCCCAUGCAUCAUCCCCCUGUCGCCCUUCUCGCUUGUCUCCAGCUCUCGCGCUUCGCGCUUCUCGCUUGUUCCGUACUCACCUCACUAAACGAGGAAACUAGCAAAGCUGGAGGAACUAAUGAACAUCCACGGAUUGUCCAUCAUUAACAUUCCCAAAAGCUGAGUUUUUUAAAGCUCAUUCCACCCAUCUUUGUAAAAGUUAACUAUCAGUUAUUAGUAAAAUCUACCACAGUUAGUUGUUGGUAAUGAUGCUCAUGUCACUGUUAUUUCAGGAGAACGUUAUGAUAGUGGACAGUCCUGGAGUGGGAGAAAGUGAAGUGAUGGACGAAUUUGUCCUCAACUACAUGUCUAACGCGUUCUGCUUUAUGUAUGUCAUCAAUACCCAUAAUGCUGGAGGGGUGCAGAAAGACAGGGUGAGAAUUAUUGAUAGUUUAUGUAUCAAUUGUAGUCAGUGAAACCGCUAACCCAUCUUUGGAAACAUUACGCGCCUUGCUCUGUUGUCUUCUUCUCGUGAACAGCCCUACUAGCUCCAUAAACUAUUAAUUGAAAGUGGCCAGUAGAAUUUGAGUGUUUGAAAAUACGUUAAUCUCUUUAUUGACUUAAGGUGGCUCCCUAGAGUAUUUACUAAUAAUCCGAGCUAUCAAGCAUACGUUACAGAAGAAAAUCUAGUUACUUUGUCUUUGCGAUUUUGUUCACGAGAUUCACCGCUAAGGUUACACAUAUAAGAAGGCUCCUUUAUCAAGUUUCAUUUUCUGGAUUAAGGCCGUUGCCAUGGAAAUACCGCAACCUUAAACGGGCAGUAAUUUUGUCAUUUUUGCCCAUUUUUCCUUAAUAUUUCUAAUUUCCCGCGGUGAAAUGUCUUUAAACUUCGCCACUUUAUAUUAACGAUAUUGCCCAACAUUUUAUAGUGGAAAAAACGUGGGGUCGUUAAGACGGUUUUGCCAAUAUUUUGAAAUUUGUAAUUUUUCUUAAUAGAAGAGUUUAGCUCUUACAGAUUUUGACAAAAAAAUGACAGUACAAAGGUACUGCGACUGGUAAGAAAUGAGGCGAUUUUCAAAAAAAUUGCCGAAGGAAACGCGAGAAAUUCACGGUUAAUUAACUGCGCUGACGUCACAGAAAUCCGAAAAACACGCGUGACUCGGGGUCGUGUGAGCAAAAUACGCGCGCGAGCUAUUGACUAUUGUAGUUAAAAUUCGAGCCGUGGUGGUCACUCUUGAGGAUGGCGAUCAUCGGAGAUGAAGACGGUGGUUGUGCAAGGAUCGCAAUAAGCCCUUCAUUUCCUAAUCUGCUGUACACUGUUUGCAUAUCUUCAAAUGUCAGCCCACUUUCGGAUACUUUUUCAACCUUGUUCUUCUUUAUGGAUAAUUUCGACGGCGAAGUUUUUCUUUAAAAGUCUGCUGUAGAAGAUGGCGCCGAUCUAUAAAUCGUACAUCAUGUCCUCAUCUACACGUACAAGACCGUAGGUUUCGACGGACAACUAUUGCUUUCUUCAAGGGUCAAUCUGUGAGUAAAAAUUAUUUCUCGUUGUGCAAAAACAUUUUCUAGUGCAUCUUGCAUGUGCGUUGAACGACGUUUGAAACAAGAAAAAAUACAAGGAUUUUGGUUCGUCGAUGGAAAGGUUCCUUCGAUUAGGAUGCAAGUUAAGUGGGAAACCUUUUUUCUUAUAAGUUUUUUAAACAAUGUAAUAGAGUCGGCAAAACAAACAAAAAAAAUUACACUCCCUGUUAUCUUGUCUUAAAGCCACUUCUAGAAUAAUUAAAUCAAAUCAAAUGCAAGAGAACUAAAGUGACCAAGGAGCUCCGCCAGGGAGGACAAUCUUCAGUGUUUGUUCGGGAAUUGGCUCGAUCUUUCAGAUCUUUCCACUGACCGUGAACCAAAGGCCAGAAACAGCAACAUUGCUUCCUUCUGAGUUCGUGUACUUACUUCUUUGUUUUCUAAGUAAAAUUUCCACCCACCAUUUACUUCGACUACUUAACGUUUGGCUACUUUUGAAGCGAAAGAAUUGAUGUCUUUGGAAAAUUUCUACUUUGUUUUUACAUACAAUUUACUCUUAUGAAGAUCGAUAGUGACUUGUAACAGGUGUAACAUUGUCUCUUGUCAUAAAUGUUUGUCCUACACUAAUCAAACUUUUUGCACAAUGAGCUUCAACAGAAAGUUAAUAAAGUUUUUUGGGUGGAAUAUUCCGAAACUGAGAGGCCAUGUUUGUUUUAAUUUUUGCGUGGACGUCGCGCGGAUUUUAAAGCUCGCGCCAUACUGUUGCUCAGGCUGCGCACGGCCAACUUACUCUAGGGAGCCACCUUAAUCUAGAGGNGUCUGCUGUAGAAGAUGGCGCCGAUCUAUAAAUCGUACAUCAUGUCCUCAUCUACACGUACAAGACCGUAGGUUUCGACGGACAACUAUUGCUUUCUUCAAGGGUCAAUCUGUGAGUAAAAAUUAUUUCUCGUUGUGCAAAAACAUUUUCUAGUGCAUCUUGCAUGUGCGUUGAACGACGUUUGAAACAAGAAAAAAUACAAGGAUUUUGGUUCGUCGAUGGAAAGGUUCCUUCGAUUAGGAUGCAAGUUAAGUGUGAAACCUUUUUUCUUAUAAGUUUUUUAAACAAUGUAAUAGAGUCGGCAAAACAAACAAAAAAAAUUACACUCCCUGUUAUCUUGUCUUAAAGCCACUUCUAGAAUAAUUAAAUCAAAUCAAAUGUAAGAGAACUAAAGUGACCAAGGAGCUCCGCCAGGGAGGACAAUCUUCAGUGUUUGUUCGGGAAUUGGCUCGAUCUUUCAGAUCUUUCCACUGACCGUGAACCAAAGGCCAGAAACAGCAACAUUGCUUCCUUCUGAGUUCGUGUACUUACUUCUUUGUUUUCUAAGUAAAGUUUCCACCCACCAUUUACUUCGACUACUUAACGUUUGGCUACUUUUGAAGCGAAAGAAUUGAUGUCUUUGGAAAAUUUCUGCUUUGUUUUUACAUACAAUUUACUCUUAUGGAGAUCGAUAGUGACUUGUAACAGGUGUAACAUUGUCUCUUGUCAUAAAUGUUUGACCUACAUUAAUCAAACUUUUUGCACAGUGAGCUUCAACAGAAAGUUAAUAAAGUUUUUUGGGUGGAAUAUUCCGAAACUGAGAGGCCAUGUUUGUUUUAAUUUUUGCGUGGACGUCGCGCGGAUUUUAAAGCUCGCGCCAUACUGUUGCUCAGGCUGCGCACGGCCAACUUACUCUAGGGAGCCACCUUAAUCUAGAGGUACUUCACUUCACAUCACAGGCGUUAAUCGAUAGAUUUAAUACUUCAACUCGAGAAAAUGCUUAAAAUGGCAGAAACAAAAAACAAAAGCCUUUGGAUAUAAUUAGCAGAAUUGAAAUUUCGCGGUCUCUGUUUGGAAUUUGCGUAAUGGACGUUACAUUGAGAAGCAACUUACACACCACCAAUAUUUUUACCGACUAUUCUGAAGGAGAAUAAAGAGAAAGGGAAAAUUAAAGGGGAGACAUCUAUCUAAAGAUACCUUAAGGGUUUUAUCAAGCGAUGGAAGACAGUAAUGUCUUCUUUGUUUUUAACAGUUAGAAAUGCUACUCCAGUGUGCUCAAGCGAAACUCACGAAGAAUGAUCUCGCCCUAUUUACCGGAUGUGCUUUGUUUGUCUGUAACAAGUGGGAUCUCAUUCAACCUAACGAGCAGGAGAAAGUGAAGGAAGUACAAGUCGAAAAACUUUUCAAGAAGCUUCCAAAUCUCGAUCGAGGAAAACAAAUGGUCUAUUUGUCGUGUACAACUGCCCAGACUUGCCAGAAGUAUGGUUACAUCACUCAGGACUUCAACAACUUAAUCGCUGGUAUCAGCCAUCUUAUUGUCUCUACCAUGCAAAACAAGCUGGAAAUGCACUUCAGGUAUCUUAACAAGGUCUAUGAGGAGAAAAGAAGUUUUCUGCUUCAAAUUUGGAGCAUUACUGACUUAAUUUACAUGCAUUUUUAACCAGUCAAUUUCGAAAAAAGGUAGGCUCAGAGUCAAAAAAGAUCAAGCGUGCGUACCGCCAUAGAUGUGUUGAUCGUGUAUAUGAAAAUCGAAUCCGUUAGCCUUAGUUGUUCACAGAUUCUAUAAAUUUCUGUCUGCGGGCGUAAAAAGGCAAUAGAUUCGUUCGCCGGGGUGUUAUGAUAUUCUGCUAUGAAAGAGAUUGUAUUAAGCUGUGAAAGGUUUGAACCCAGGAGUCAUUUAUAAGUAGAUUGAGCAUGAUCGUCCGGGUGAACUUAGGCCUGAAUAGGAUUGUUCAGUGGUCUUGUUGACAGUGAUCAUGACUGACCUUGUAGUAGUCAUCUUCAGAGUGUCACGUCGGUUGAUAGUAUUUUGAAAAUUUUGGCAAGAGAGAUUAUUGACCUGAUUGGUUAUGAUAAAGUCGCGAUGUUAUUAGUCGUCUGUCACAACAUUGAGACUUAAUAAAAAGAAGUUGUAAACUAAAAUUCGCUGAUCACCUUACUUGAACAGUGCAAACUUUUGCAAACUUGAAUUUACGGGGGAAAAAAUGCAAAAGCAUGUAUACGUUUUUCACAGGCAUGCAAAUUGACUAGUAUAUAGUAAACUCAUUUAGAAAUGAUGAUGCAUAGUUUGAUUUGUGAUGGGUAAAGUGUUUACUUAUGGCCUAUUUAUAAAAAAUACACUGAUGGAUAUGACUGUACACAUUUCUGCAUGGCAGAGAUUGUAAUUAUAAGUGUAAUUAAGCCCUUUGAAAACAGCUUCUUUUAAAAAAAAUAAGUACGUGUAUUAUAUUCGUAUAGUGAUCACGUUUUCUUCUGGUGUAAAAAAUAUUCAUUUAUUACCAGAAAAGAGCUCCGAAGAUCGUGGAAUUUAAACUCAAUUGAAAUCGUUCUUGCCUCCGAUCCGUUUCACUGACUAUCAUAUGGAAUAAACCACCCCUGGAAUGCGAAUCGACAGCGAACUAAUGAGUUUAUUUUCCUUGCCAUUAUUCAACAGAUGGCUGGAGGAAGUCCUUUCGCGUGUCUCCCAUCAAGUUAAAAUUUUUCUUAAGACCACAAAGCUGUCACAUCAAGAAACAAAGGGGAAGAUUUCAAAGGUACAGAGACGAAUGCAAGAACUACAAGAAUCUCAGCAGUGUAAAUUUGAUGAGCUUAGUAAAUAUCAGUUAGAGAUCCUAGAAGAUAUCAUUGCAAAGCUGUCAGAGUACUUCAAAUCCGAAGAGACGGUCAAGAAGUUUUGUAAAUGGUCUCCUAAUGAGGUACCUGAGGUUAAAGAAACCUGGCAGCAGACGAAGGAUGAAGUUUUAAGAUGCAUUUCAAAGAGAACCCAGCAGUUUAUUCAGAAGUGGGAGGACCAAACGCACGAAUUUGCUAGUGCUCAGGUUUCACUCGCUAAAUUUUGUUGUGAAAAGUACGAUAUCAUGGAAGGAGAAAUUCAUCAAGUGGGAGAAUACGUCUUUUUGGACGCAGACGACAUAGACGUCACGACGCAGGACGAAAAUGCAACUCAAACACGUUCUCAAGCAAAAUCACGGAAAGCGUCCAAGGGCAUUGCUCCAAUAUGGCUUAGACAAGGCUUAGCACCAGUGAUUGUGGGAUCUCCACUCAAAACACUUGGUUUGUUGAAGACUGUCAAGAAGAAGUUACAUUACAAAGGUAAACGGGAGAACUAUCAAGAAGACCCGUCUGCCUACAUGUCAAAGAGAUCAAAGAAAUGCCUUGCGAUGAUUAGUACUAAAGAUCGAUUGUUGCCCCUCAUCAACGAACAGCUGGAAGAUGCCAUUCAGUGCCUGAAACAACUCAAGGAUAAAAUGCCCAAGCUACUGGAAUGUGACAACAAGUUUUACCAAAAGCUACUUGUUGAUGACAGAAGUAAGACUGAGAUUCGCAAAAUCUACGAACCUUUGGCUAUGGAGGCAGAAUUCCUGAAGCGCGAGCUAACCGUUUUUAGUCUCACAGAAAUGAGAAAGUCGGACUUUACCAGGGAUGAGUUGAAAUGGGAUGGACAUCGCCAGUCAAUCAUAGGAAGAGGAAAUUUCUCGACGGUGUACAGAGGAAUCCUUACUCAGAGUGGAAAACCGGAAGUGAAAGUGGCCAUAAAAGAGUAUUUACAUCCACCUAGUACCAGCAACGUGUGGCAUUUUGUUGAUGAGGAAAAAGCGUUAAGGUUUGUUUUAAACAAUCACGAAAAACGAAGAUUACCACUCCGUAACCUUUAGCUAACUAAUGGUUUUUCGCAGGCGUAAUUUGGGUGGCGAUCAAUGAAGAAAAUAACCCUUUUAUAAGGCUUAUAAGGUGCUUUGUGUUCGUCAGUAAUAGUCUCUGUAAUCUCGUGCGUGAGAGUGAUUUUCCAACAACAGUAGUAGCAGCUAGAAAGUCCAGUUUAAUACUCAGACUAAAUUAAUAUACUGGUUAAGCCUUAACAAGAUAGGCUUAAGUCAACCCUCUUCAAGAGUUCAGACGUUUAUUUAUUUUCCUAUCGAGUUAUUUAUUGUGAAUUGCUUCUGACCAAGUAAAAAAAGUUCUUUUCUUAGCGCUAUUGGAAACCAGCUCGUUCUUUCCUUACAUACUAGAUUUUUGGUAAAAAACUUAAGGGAAAAAUUAAGCCAAAGAGCUUACCUACUCGGUUGAAUGAAAAACAUACUCAUACAUUGCUAGCAAUGAAAUUUAUAGGCGCAUGCUACUAAAGACUGUUCAAAAUAUAUGUGCAUAAUUCAAGUUUUUUGUGUGUGUGUUUAUGAAAUUGAACAAAAUUGUUUCACUAUCUUGGUUUACUUUUUUUAAAGGGAUUUGCAACAUCCUGGCAUCGUAAAGUGUUUUGGAACCUGCCUUUUGCACGAAGCAAAUGGCACUACAGUAACGAUUGUUUUGGAACUGUGUGUCUGCUCCCUCAGAGAACUGGUAACUUCCCAUCCGGAGAACGCCCCCGCUAGACUUCCCAGUGAACCAAUAAGGAACAAGGUUUUAAACUGGGCUCUGCAGGUCUUGGAUGCCUUGCGUUACAUUCACGGUAAAGGAUUUGUACACAGAGAUUUAAAACUGGAUAAUUUGCUGGUAAGUUAGUUAUUAUACCACAUUAAGGGUGCGUUUCUUUACUAAAAUCCAAAUCCGGAUUUUUUAGUCCAAAAACGGAUAGUUCAUUUCUUUACUAAAAUCCAAAACACGGAUUAUUGAUUCAAAUGAACCACAACGGAGGUGGAUUCUUUGGAUCAUAUCCAAAACCGGAUACGUUGGAUACAUGGUCCGAAACGUUUCCUUACUACGGAUUCGAAAAGGGUGAAUACAGCCAGCGGUAACUCGAAACAAUUUUUAUACAUACAGCAGCUGUUUGAAAACACUGCUCAUCUUUAUGGCCAUUUUUAACUCGAGGCGUGGAUUGAACCAGGGAUUAAACGUUUUAUCCGGAUGGUAAAAUCGUAAUACAAACAGGACCCGAAUUGUCGCUACUUCAUAAGGACAAUCGAGACAAAACUGCUACACGACUUCGCCGGCGCUUAUUUUACUUUUCCAGUAGAAUGAUCUCUUAUUUAAAUUCAAGACUCAUCUUCACUUGGCCCGUCUAAAGCAGUAUCCUUGAGCUAACCGUCCAGAAUGCAAAGAAAGAUGAGCAAAUCUGCAACAUUAUCAGCAGCCGUGAUAUUCUUUGUCUAGGACACCGUCGAUGGCGUGGGUCGUUUCUAUGGAGAUGGAUGAAAAUACAUGUAAUCCUUUUUUGAUAUAUGGUUUUUUUUCUUAACGAAAAAUCCUAAUGAUCGGGAUUUUUGAUCUGAUCUCGGAUUUUAGUAAAGAAACGCACCCUCUUUUAUAAGGAAGAUAAUCAUAUGAACAGGGAACAGGUAAUGGUCGAUUUUUCAUCAUUGGCUUUACACUUAUUUAACAUCUUAAAUCACGACGGAAAGGGUAUUAAACUUGGAGCAAAGAUCUCAGGACACAAACAUGACCUCAACCGUUAAGCUUGGUCUGUCUAGAACAGUUCUUUCCUUUGAAAUCACAUAUUAUAUAACAUCCGACACGUUGUAAUUAUGUUUAACUUAUUAUUUAAAGUUGACACAAGAUGGAAAAGUAAAGCUGGCAGACGUGGGAGUGGGAAAAUAUGAGGAAGAUAUCACUGGUACCAUUUGCGGCACGUCCCUUUAUUUAGCUCCUGAAGUCUUGGAUGGUCGAAUCUACAACAGUAAAGCAGACAUGUAUAGCUUUGCUUUUGUACUAUGGGAGCUGUGGUACGGCGAGAGAGUGUUUAGUGAUAUGGAAGUCAGUAGAAACCAAUCCAAGCUCCUCCAAGAUGUAAGAGAUGGACUUCGGCCUUAUCAUAUCGAUAAGACAUUGAAGCCUUCUCCAUCAUGGAUGAGAGUCAUGGAGUCCUGCUGGGAAAAAAGUCCAGGCAAAAGAAUGACAGCUAGUAAAGCUUUCGAAGUUUUAACACUGCUAGAAAACAAAGAAGAUUUACAUGCGUGUAGUGAUUCCCGCCCAACAACGCCGCCACCAUAG